UUGCUUCAUAUUUAAGGAAGAUUAGUCACUUUUCUAGAACACUGAAUAUUGUUUUAAAAUUUUGAACUCAUCAUUCUGCCCCUCCAAGUCAGAGUUGGCAGCUAUUUGUAUUUGUUACUUCUCUUGAGCAUCUCCUGGGAAUUUAUCAUGCAUCAUUAUAGCCAUCGUUUCACAUCAACUGUCAUGGCCAGCUGGGAUCCAACUAUGUCCCUCACUCUUGGCCACCCAACACUUGUUCUGCUUGAAAAAUGCAGAACAAGGCAUCACUUCAAACAAAUCUUGGCUCAAAUGAUGAGAAACCAUCUUAUCACUGUAAGAUUUCCCAUGAGUAGGCUUCUCUUUUUUUCUGCUAUCUCCCAUCCUGAAAAUCUAGACAUGGCAAUCAUCCUUUUCAAUCACUAUACUCCUCGGUCCAAUCUCUAUAUCUACAACAUCAUGAUCUCUGCUUUGCCCACAUCAAACAAGUCAUUUGAACUUUACAACUCCAUGCUCCGAUCUGACAUUUAUCCAGAUAAACACACUCUUCUCUAUCUACUCAAGGCCUCUAAAUGUUUAUCAGAGGGGAAGCAAAUCCAUGGUCAUGCCAUUGUUACUGGCUUCUCAUCCUACACUUAUUUGCAGAAYUCCCUCAUCAAAAUGUAUUGCGAGUAUAGACAAAUGAGUCUUGCACAUCAGGUGUUUGAACGAAUGUCCAGUCAAGACACUGUCUCAUACAAUAUCAUGAUUUCUGGAUAUGCAAGGAAUGGACAUGCCUUAGAAGGACUAAAGCUAUUCUCUGAGAUGAUUGGUUCUGGCCUUGAUCCAGAUGAGUUUACUAUGGUUGGUCUCCUAAUGUCUUGUGGGAAUUUGAGAAAUUCAUGGUUGGGGAAGGCAGUUCAUGCAUGGAUUGAACGGAGAAAGGAGGUCAGUCAUUGGAAUUUAAUCUUGGGUAAUGCUCUUUUGGAUAUGUAUGUAAAAUGUGAAGAGUUGGAUCUUGCUCGUAGGAUUUUUGAUGCAUUUGUUGAGAGGGAUACUAUUUCAUGGAAUACCCUAAUWKCUGGAAGCUCCAAGGUUGGAGAAUUGGAACUUGCUUGCACUUAUUUUGAUGUUAUGCCUAACAGAGACCUUGUUUCUUGGAAUUCUCUGAUUUCUGGUUUUGUACAGAAGGGAAACUACCCUGCUGUGAUGAAUUUAUUCAAGGGCAUGCUUUCUGAAGAAGUAAGGCCUGACAAAGUCACUAUUGUCAACUUGGUUUCUGCCUUUGCAGAAGUAGGGGCUCUGGAUCAAGGGAGAUGGAUACAUGGGUGGGCACUUAGAGCACACAUGGAACUAGAUGAAUUUUUGGGUUCAGCACUGAUAGACAUGUAUUGGAAGUGUGGGAGCAUUGAGAAAGCUUUUCUUGUUUUCAAGGGAAUCAGUGAAAAGGAUGUUGCCAUAUGGACAGCAAUGAUUGCUGGGUUUGCAUUCCAUGGUUAUGGAAAUAAAGCUUUGGAAUUGUUCUGGGAGAUGCAGGAAGAUCUCAUGCCAAAUCGGGUAACAUUUGUUGCUGUUCUUGCCGCUUGUAGUCACUGUGGAAUGGUGGGCGAGGGGCUUGCAAUCUUCAACAGUAUGGAAAAAAAUUAUGGUAUACAACCGGGAGUUGAACACUAUGGGUGUCUGGUGGAUCUUCUAGGAAGAGCUGGGAGGCUGAGUGAAGCAAAAUCUGUGAUAGAAAAUAUGCCAAUGGAGCCUAGUAGAUCCAUUUGGGGGGCAAUGCUGAGUGCUUGUAGAGCUCAUGGAAACUUAGAGCUUGCAGAAAUGGCAUUGACAGAACUUCUGAAACUAGAGCCAGAGAGAGAGGGUGGUUAUGUUCUAUUAUCCAAUAUAUAUGCAGCUUGUGGGAGGUGGAGUUAUUCAGAUAAGAUUAGAGAGAUCAUGGAAAGCCGAGGAGUGAAGAAGACAGCUGGUUGCAGUAGUUUGGUUGUUGAUGGAGUUGUUUCUGAGUUUGUAGCUGCAGAUAAAUGGCACCCAAGGUGGUCAGAGAUCCAGUUCACUUUGACCUGCUUAUAUAGAGAAAUGAAGCCAGAGGCCAAUAUUUCUUCAGGCUUCCUGGAACAACAGAUGCACGUAGACUGAUGUUUGAACUUUGAACUAUCUCACGUUCAACAUGGUUUAUCAGAGCCUGUAUGAUUUUAGUCCACAGUUGCUAUGAUGUUUUAUGCAUUCCACCUAAGAGAUGUACUUUCAUCCCAAACAGCUUAUCUCCAUUCAGCUUUAGUACAAUGUUUCAAAGUAGAACAAAACUCCAUAUUAACAGCAUUUUUUGUUCAUCCCUUCAAUCAACAGCGUUCCAAUUGCCUAAUUUUUGUGGCUUUGCAAGAAUUCUGUCAUUUAGGAGGUGCUUUCCAACAUCAGCUGAUUUCUUUGUUCUGAUCAGAUAACUGAGCCCAUCAAAUGGUUUGUACAGGACAUUAUCUCUUAAAGCUAAUGCACAGGAAACACAUUCUUGGU